AUGGCGGCGGAACGUGGAAUGGCCGCCGAGGCCUGCGUAGGACAAGUAGUGCUGCCCGGAGACGUGCUGCUCCUUCCCGCCCACCCCGACGAGGACGGGGAGCGGCUGCGGCUGGGCGCCGGCGCGGCCCCGCGGGGCCGUCUGCUGUGCGGGCCGGGCUUGCGGCGGUGCGGGGCCGGGCUGCUGGUGACCAAGUGCGGCCUGCUACGGCACCGGCAGGCGGGGGGCGGCGGUGCGGCGGGCGGUGUUUACUGGGUGGACUCGCAGCAGAAAAGGUAUGUUCCGGUCAAGGGAGACCAUGUAAUAGGAAUAGUGACGGCCAAAGCGGGAGACGUGUUUAAGCUGGACGUCGGGGGGAGCGAACAGGCGUCGCUGUCCUAUUUGGCCUUUGAAGGCGCCACGAAGAGGAACAGGCCAAAUGUGCAGGUGGGAGAUCUUAUUUAUGGUCAGUUCCUUGUGGCAAAUAAAGAUAUGGAACCAGAGAUGGUCUGUAUAGAUAGCAGUGGAAGAUCAACUGGAAUGGGAAUAAUUGGACAAGAUGGUUUCCUCUUUAAAGUUUCCUUAGGUUUAAUAAGAAAACUCUUGGCUCCCAAAUGUGAAAUAAUUCAAGAGUUGUCACAAUUGUACCCAUUUGAGCUCGUGCUGGGAAUGAAUGGAAGAAUAUGGGUAAAAGCAAAAACAGUUCAACAGACUUUAAUUAUAGUAAAUAUUCUGGAGGCCUGUGAGUAUAUGACUGCGGAACAGAGAAAACAAGCGCUUGCCAAAUUGUCGGGGAACUGAUAGAGAAAACCUUGAAGAUUUGUUUGAGAUGACCAUAGAGUAUUUUGGUUAUUUUUGUAUUCAGAUUUAUAUUAAAAGUAAUUUUAAAAAAUAAGUAUUAGACUUCCAUUGUUCUUCAGUUUCCUUCUUUAUCCACUCAGCUUCUUUUUGUCUUAUUUAGGAACUCUAGUUUUACUCCUGUGAUUAUGAAACUCUGUUUAUGAUUUUGACUGAUGUGGAAAUGGUCUUUAAAAACCUCCAUUAACUGGAAUUUUUGAGGUGUAAUUACUUAAGCCUUUUGUAAGAAAAGCAGUCAGUUUGUAAACUGUGUAUUUUAUUUUUUAGUUGCUAUUAAAACUUCAUGCAUUUAUUUGGGGUAGCGGAAACUAUUAUGCAGCUUAUUUGUUCUGGUCAGGUGCUUUAUCUGUGUAGCGACAAAAGUGAAUAUUAAACAUUUUAUAAAAUUUGUUAACAGAAAUGCAGGUGGAGAAUACCAGAAGAUUACAGGGUGUGGCAUAAAAUAAUCAUAGGGUGGUUAAGGUAGGGCAUCAGAUAAGACCC